AUGGUUGCAUUCCAUCAAGUGUAUAGUGGUAAAUUUUAUCGUUCAAUACGAUUUAUACUACGUCGUAAGCCGUGUCUCUAUAUAACAGCAAUUUUAUGUUUAAGUGCUGUAAUUCUUGCUCUGUUACUUCUUGGUGCUAUAAAAUUUUAUAAUUCAUCGGUGCGUGAAUUACGUGUUGCUCGUCGAGAAGAGAAAAUUCUUGCACGUUAUAUAAAUCGAAUUGAUUUCUUUCAUUGCAAUUAUAAUUUCAGCUCAGAAGCUGAUAUUGAGCAAUGUAAUGCAUGUGGUGAUGCUUCAUUUGUUCAUCUACCAGUGAGAACAUUAAACAAUCUUGAUGUAACAUGUGUUGAUCUAAGUCAUUGGACAAAAUGUUUUGAUGAAAAUGUGGAAUGUAAUAGUUUAGCAAAUUUACCUUAUCAACAAUGCGAAGGAUUACGUGGUAUUCCCGUACGUGAAAGUGAAGCUAUUUCAAGUGACUUAUUUGUUAAGUUGCUUACAGCAAAUAUUACAUUGCUAAUGAAUGAAACAGUUGUGUCACAGCAAAUUGUCGCACUUUGUCCAAGAUGUCACUUUUUUGGCAGACCAUAUCAAUCAUCUAUGGGAACAUGUGUUCAAAAAUUACAUACAAUGCGUCCUGGUUGGCCAAUGCAAUUUCAAUGGUGUGAUUGGUAUCAACCUUCUGAUGGAUGUUUUUAA